AAAAAAUAAAUAAUCUACACAAUAAUGGCAAAUUUACGUGGUCUAUGGGAUAAAUUCGUAUAUAAAUUCUUUCAAUUUGCUCCCAGUAUUGUAGUGUGCCUAAGUUUCUUACCAUGUGGCCUGGUAUUUGGUUAUACGAUAUCUUCCUUUGUUGCUGAACGAAAUGUGGAUAGUGGCGUCAUUGUCUAUGGCCCCUUGAUAUUGGGCGCCUGCUGGGGCUUUGUAGCUGCCUUGGCGAUGUUCGCUCUAAAAUUUAUGCGUUCCCGCAUUGUUUUCUGGCAUAUGUAUAUUCUGUUGGCGGCGGGUGUAUUCCAUUUGAUAUCGAGCUGUUUCUAUUUUGCCGAUGAUUUUGAUAAUAUCGGUGCCUUCAUCUCAUAUCUGGGUCAUAGUUUGACAUUUUUGGCUGGCCUCAGUUUUCUGCAUAGCAUCCUGAGCAAAGGUAGUCGAGCACUGUUUAUGGCAAUCGCCUUCGGUUUCUAUAUACUCGGUAUGGCAUCAGCUGUUAGUCUGAUUGGCACUUCGUACACCAAGAAUACCAUGGAAAAUACUAAUGGUACACCCGAAGAGCUAACCCAUGGAAUAUAUGUGGAUUUUGCUGGAGUAUAUUUGUCCAUAUCAAUUGUUGUGCUGGCCCUGCUAAUCGGUAUUGUUGUACUCAACUAUUUUGGACAUACCGAUUUUGAAAACAGUUUGGAUAAUGAUUUACGUAUUGCCAAUUCAAAUGGUUCGAUUUUCGAUAAACGUGAUGAGAUUAUAAAAAGGAUUGAAUUCUUUUAUGUUACCAAAAAUCAACAAUGGAAUGUAACUCUCCUACUCAUCUUUACCGAGGCCAUACAAUAUUCUCUGUUUAUAUAUUUCGCCUUUUGGUUCUCCCUUAACUCCGCCAUGCGGGUCACUGAUAUUAUGAACAUAGAUGUAAUGUAUUGGGUGAUAUAUGCAGGCAGUGUCCUAGUCCUUAUCCCAUUGAUUUGGGUCUCAGUGAAGGUGACAUUUGUUGCCAAUCAAUUAUGCCUCAUCGUUUUGACCAUAUUGAGCAUGAUCAUUUGCAAUUCCGUUAAGACCACUGUACCAUUUUGGUUGGUAUUAUUUUUCUUUGGUAUGUCAUAUUCGAAUUUGCAAAUACUCCUAGUUGAAGUGGCCCAUUUCCGUUAUUUGGAAUUGUUGAUAUACGUUUCAUAUCUUUUGAAACUGUUAGCCACAUCGGUGGUCUAUUAUUAUUUUGUUGCAAAUGCCAAAAAUUCAUAUUUCUAUUCGACAGAUAUUAGUACCCUAAUGUCUCAGGGUUUUGUUUUCAUUAUAAUUGGUAGUUUAUUGGCCUUGGUGGUGGGCAUGAAAGUGCCACGUACCCAUCGUACAUCUCUGUUUGAGAUACAAUAUGGUCUGUUGGGUAUUAUUUUCCAAAAACAUCAAAUUGAACAAUUAAAUGUUAGAUGUUUAAAUGAUGGUACAAUACCAACAAUAACACGACAGGAAUAUUAAGAGAAUU